CUCCCUCCUUCUCCCCCCCCCCGGCCGCCCCGUCUCCAUCCUCACGCAGGCGCCGCGCUGCUGCAGGUACCGCGAUGCAAAAAGGAGGAAAAAAGAGGGGAGGGGGUCGCUAGGGACAACGGAGCCCCCCCUCGGGGGGGGUGCACGGUGGGGAGGGGGCUGCAGAGGCACCGUCGGGCGGGGGCGCCGGCGUUUCGGGAUGUCUGGGCGGGGAGGGAGACGGUGCCUGCCCCCUCCUUCAAGGAGACCCCUUCCCACAAAGGGACCCCCAGGGGCAUCGGGAGCAGAUUCUGUGCCCCCCCCCAUGGGUCUGGCCUUGCGGGGUGGGGUGGGGGGCUGCGCGACGACGGCCGGGGAUGCCCGACCCCCCGGGAAGGGCGCGCGGGGCUCCAUCCUUCUCCGGACUCCUUUCUCCGCCGACGCGCCGCCCGACUCUUGGCACCGGGGGCGGGAGAGGACGCCCCCCGUUUCCUUGGCCAGCAGGGCCGGCUUGGAGCAGACGGGGGGGGGCACAUCUGCCAGGGAAGCUGCGCCAAACCCCCUCCAUCUCCAUCUCCCUUCCAGGAGAGGCCUUGGAUGGGGAUUUGAGCAGGCGGGGAGGAUGUGGGGCUGGUGCCCAGCUGGCACGGGGGGGGGGCGGGGAUAGGCCAAGGCACCCCGCCCUAACAGGAGCAAGCUGGCCUAGAUGGGCUCCCUCUCAAUCCAACCACUCAUUUCUGGCCGCCCCCCCAAAGGGCCUGUGGGUGCCCCCUGUUCACAACUAGAGAGGAGGGGGCAGUGGGGGGGAGCUGCCCUGGUCCUGCCCCCUGCAGAGACCCCCCCCUCCAGGCCCUGAGCUCCCCCCCCCCAGCGCUUGGUGGGUUCAAGGGGGGUCAUGGGGGGCUUGUGGAAGGUGGCGAGUCCUGAACCAGGGGGUGCUCUGAUGAAUUAGGGGGUCCUGUGGGGCAGGGCAGUGGGGCCCUGGAUCUCCAGGGCAUUUUGCCAGGGCUCUGGGGCUGAAGGGUCUUGGGGUGGGAGGGGGCUGCUGCUUCUGGGAGACCCCCUUCUCCUGCCUCAACUGAGCUGUGCCUUUUCUGCCUCCAGGCUCUAGGGGCAGACCCUCUCCUGGCCGCUGCCCCUUUUGUGCCACCCAAAGCAUGUAGUUGCCCGCUCUUCUCUCUCUCCGGCCCACGACAGGUAAGUCCAAGGGGGUGGGCAGAGGCCACUGGGCUUAGGGCAGGGGUGAGCAGUUGCAGGGGGCUGCCGAGGUUACUCAGAAGAGAGGGGCAUAGAGCAUGUGCAAAGUGCAGCGGCCCAUGGGAGCUGGGGGCAAAACUUUGAAGGCAGGCUGUUCUGGGGGUGCCAUGACUGCGAUGCCAAAGUGUCACCUUCCCUGAUAACAAAGACACCCUUUUCCACAAACAAUUCCAGCUCUUAUCCUGAAAUCGAGCUCUCAAAUAUUAUUAUUAUUAUAUUUUCUGAAUGCCAGGCCUUAUGGCUAAAUGCUGGCACAGUGAAGGCCUUGUGGCGGCUGGGAAAUGUGUUUCCUUACCAGGAUCAGCAAUAAUAAUAAUAAUAAUAAUAAUAAAUUUAUACCCUGCCCAUCUGGCUGGGUUUCUCCAGCCACUCUGGGCUGCUCCCAACAGAAUAAUAAUAAUAAUAAUAAUAAUAAUAAUAAUAAUAAUAAUAAUAGCGACAAAACAUCAAACAUUCAAAACUUCCCUAAACAGGGCUGCCUUCAGAUGUCUUCUGAAAGUCAGAUAGUUGUUGAUUUCCUGGAGUGUGUGAUGGAAUUCUGCAGAGCAUGUGCAGAGUGCCUUUCCCUUUCCCCUGAGAGUUAGAGCAGACAACCUCCAGGGAUCUGGUAUUAGGCUCUCCGGAGAGGGGGGGGUUGGCAGUGGAGGAGACCAGAAUCCCUGCUUUGCACAGGACAUUGUUAACCUGCAGAACUACCUGCCACUGGAGGAGGGAGUUGCUCUUGUGCUGGGAUCCUGCUUGUUGUGGGUUUCCCUUUGGGGCCCAUGCUUGGGCACUGUGAGGGUGCCGGAGUGGGGCUGAGCGCCUAAGAGGCUCCUCUCUCUCUCUCUCUCUCUCCUUCCUUCCUUCCUUCCUUCCUUCUUCCUUCCUUCCCAGGGCUCCCGCCAUCUCCUUUCCUGCCCCCCACGGGACCCCCAGCGCCAUGUCGGGCUCCCUGAGCAAGAGGGGCGACUUGGCCAACGACAACAGCUGCCUGGGCCUGAGCCUGGGCCUGGUGGCUCCCGCCGUGGGCCCGAUCCUGCCCCGCAAGGGCCACUGCGCCUACAGCUGCGCCGAGCUGCAGGGGGUCCUGGGGUGCCCCCCCAGCGCGGAGGAGCCCCCCUCCAACACCAAGUGGGUGAAGGACGGGCAGAACCAGCUGCGCCAGGCGGCCGAGAGGGGCCGCGACCAGAACCGCAACGAGCUCAGCCCCCCCACCAAGGAGCUGAGCGCCCUCCUCAUCCCGCUGACGGGGGACGCCCAGCGAGAGGAGGAGGAGGAAGAGGAAGACGAGGAGGAGGAAGAAGAGGAGGAGGAGGAGGAGGAGGAGGAAGAGGACUCCACGCCCGUCCAGAGCGAGCCGGCCACCGAGUCGGAGGAGCAGAGCUCAGAGAGGGCUCCUCCGCGGGGGGAUCAGGGCCGCAGCGCCAGCCUCCUCUUUGGCAUGCGCCACAGCACCGCCAGCGACGAGGACUCCAGCUGGGCCACCCUCAGCCAGGGCAGCCCCGCCGGCAGCUCCCCCGACGAAGCAGGUAGGGGGCCAAGGGCCAAGGGCCCCCCGCUGGAGACCCAGAAGGGGCCUGGGGGUUCCUGAAGCCGGACCCCGGCCGUGCCAAGGCAGGCGGGACGGCUCCCUACUGCCCACUCUGACUGGCAGGAGAUGCCCAGGAGGGGAGGGCUCAGGGUCGUGGGUUCGAAAGAUUCCUGCCUUGCAGGGGGUUAGACUGGAUGACCCUCGGGAUCCCUUCUAUGGUUUUAAAAAAUAUUUAUAUACUGUCUUUUUCUCAAGGCACUCAAGUACAGUCAUACCUCAGGUUAUAGAUGCUUCAAAUUGCGUUUCUUCGGGUUACGGACUGCCGAAACCCAGAAGUACCAGAGCAGGUUACUUCUGGGUUUCAGCAGCCACACAUGCGCAGAAGUGCUAAAUUGCACUUUACACAUGCGCAGAAGCACCGAAUCGCAACCUGCGCAUGUGCAGAUGCGUCGCUGCAGGUUGCGGAUGCUGCGGGUUGCGAAUGUGCAUCCCACAUGGAUCACAUUCGCAACCUGAGCAUCCACUGUACGUGGUUCUCCUCCUGGUUUCCUCCUCGCAACAACAAAUGGAUUUAAAUCCAAAUUUAGAUGUAAAUGGGAAUUUAAUAAAUAAGAACAACAGCCCAGUGAGAUAGGCUAGGCUAAGAGAUGGUGGCUGGCUCCAAGGGCAGCUCAAAGGGAGUGAGGAGGGGGCUCUGAUCUGAGCACGGUGGGGAGAGGGAGGAGGGGUCUCUCAUGGCCACAGCCAGGCCCAAGUUGAUGCCAAGGCAGCGAGGGGGGGGCUUGCCCACUGGGGCCCCCUGAUUCCCCCUCCAGCUCCUUAUCUCUAUUUUUCCAUGGGGUGGGGUGUAGCAUUCCCAAAGCAAGGAAGGAUUGGACUCUGAUUACUAGAAUACACACGAGGCUUGACCAGUGAGACUCUGGGAGGAGUGUCAAUAAUAAUAAUCCUCUCCCCCCCUCGGCCCAGGUCGUUUUAUUCACAAAAGAACUUUUUACACCGUGUUUGUAAGAACCAAUCAGACUCCCUCUGAGCAUUUCAAAACCCCACGUGGGACAAAGUCAGAUCAGAAGAAAUUCUUUUAACCACAAAGAAACUAUUUCCUACUUGAGCAUGCAUCUGUAGUUCAGAGUCAAUAAAACAGAAAUAAAAGGAGGAAUGCUUUCAGCAAAACCCCGGAGGUGGUAAACAGGAGAGGCAGGAUGGCAGAAUUCACCAUCUCCUUGUGAACUCUCUUCUUGGCCUUUAAGAUCUAUCUAAAGAUCUAUCUAAAGAAAGAAGAUUCCACCUAAACCUUAGGAAGAACUUCCUGACAGUAAGAGCUGUUUGACAGUGGAAUUUGCUGCCAAGGAGUGUGGUGGAGUCUCCUUCUUUGGAGGUCUUUAAGCAGAGGCUUGACAACCAUAUAUCAGGAGUGCUCUGAUGGUGUUUCCUGCUUGGCAGGGGGUUGGACUCAAUGGCCCUUGUGGUCUCUUCCAACUCUAUGAUUCUAUGAUUCUAUGAUUAAACCACAUCAAAGUAACCUACUAUCUUUAUGUACUGAGGAUGCCCAGGGAAGCAACUGGCCUGUGUUUAGAAUGCUUAUAUGUGCCUGUCAGGCGUAGAAAAUGGAACAGUAGAGAAAAUGGGCAGAGGUGGAGAGGCUUGUGGGAUUUGAUCAGAAAUUAUUGUCAAUGAAUCAAACCCAGUCAAUGCGAUGCUUCCAUCGCGGACACAGUGGCGUGCUUCAUUUUUCAUAAUUCCUCAUAGCAAUCCCACCUGACCCCCACACUCUGGAUAUUUGCACCCCUACAGUGGGGGACGGGCAGGGGGCUGCCGCUGGACUCCCUGCUUCCUUGGUCUUGGGGGAGGGGCAGAGCUCAGCUCUGAGCCAGAGGCUUUUGCUGCUUCACGCCCCCCCCCCGCUGCCUGGCAUCUGGCUGUUGUCCUCCCCCCCCCCCCCGGGAGCAGGGUGCCUUGGCGACGCUUCUUGCCUUGGCAGCCGUGAUGUCAGUGGGUGCCUUGGGACACCCGCCCAGGAGCAGGCGGGGGGGGGGCAGCCGGCGACACCCGCCCUCCGGGGCGCAAAGGGAGCAGGCGUUGGAGCUGGAUGCAGCCCCCCAGCGGGGACAGGAGCCAUGCGGAGCCCCAGCCAGGGUGAGCGGUGGGGAGGGGGCUCCGGGGGGGGGACUGGCUGGCAGGCGGGGGGAGGCCCAAUUUGCAGGCCUGUGGGGAGGGGGGCAAGGCAGGCGGGGAGACUCCUUGGGACCUCCCUGCCCUAGAGAAGCAGGCACUGCUCCCCCAGGACCCAGGGGUCAUCUAGUCCAACUCCCCCAAUAAGAGGGGAAUCACAGCUCAAGCUUAGUUCUGUGCUUGUACCCAAAUUUAAAACAUCUGCCUCCCCACCCCCAAAAAAGUUGGCAACUACUCGCUCUCUGGCGGUCAAAGGAAGGGACUUUAUUAGGAAUUAAAGGUAGGGGGAAGCAGGCAGAAAGUCGGAAGCAGUCCUUUUUUCCUGGAACGUUUCCCCCGAAAGAUUUUGUGCAUCUACGUUUGGCCUCGUUGAGGGGCAGUAUUUCACUGCAGUGGCACCUUGGUUCCCAAACUCCAAAACCCAGAAGUUUUUUGAACGUUUUUUGGAAGCCAAACGUCCGACGCAGCUGUCGGCUGUUGUUUCCGGGGCGCCUGCACCAAUCAGAAGCCGCACCUUGGUCUCCGAACAUUUCGGAUGUCAAAUGGACUUCUGGGACGGAUUAAGUUUGGUGCUUUUCUUUUUUGUUAUUUAUGUUGUAUUUUUGUUUCCGAGGCUUUUUAGUUUAAUUUGUUUUUGCGACUGUGCGGAACCCAGUUCAGCUACUGAUUGAUGGAUUGCAUGACUGCAGAAAUGUUUCAAAACCCCCCAUCCAAACAAUGACUAUCAUCAGAGCAGAUGAAAAAUUAAUUUUAAUUUUUAUCAUCUACAAUACUGUCUUGUUUUCUUUUUUAUACUACAGUACAUUGAUUAUUGCUUUCAUUUUAGGGAUCAAGGGUCUCGUUAGAUAGUACAAUUCAUGUUAAAUUGCUGUUAUAGGGGUUGUUUUUAAAAGUCUGGAACAGAUUAAUUCAUUUUGCAUUCCUUUCUAUGGGAAAGUAUGUCUUAGUUUUGGAACACUUUCGUUUUGAAACAGACCUACAGAAUAGAUUAAUAAUAAUAAUAAUAAUAAUAAUAAUAAUAAUAUUUUUUUAUUUAUACCCCACCCCACCCCACCCUCCCCGGCCAGGGAGCUAACCCCCAAGGGCAGCUAACACCAAAUAUACCAUAUUUUUCGCUCUAUAAGACGCACCAGUCCAUAAGACGCACCUAGUUUUUGGAGGAGGAAAACAAGAAAAAAAAUAUUCUGAAUCCCAGAAGCCAGAACAGCAAGAGGGAUCGCUGCGCAGCGAAAGCAACGAUCCCUCUUGCUGUUCUGGCUUCUGGGAUAGCUGUGCAGCCUGCAUUCGCUCCAUAAGACGCACACACAUUUCCCCUUACUUCUUAGGAGGGAAAAGGUGAGUCUUAUAGAGCAAAAAAUACAGUAAAUUACAAUAAAACGUAAUAGGAAAAAACAACAACAGUUAAUUAAAAUACGGCUUAAAAUGCAGCCUCAUUUUAGUAGUAUCCCAUAAAUCAAGACCAUAAAGGGAGGAAACAUUAGAUAUUCACCCGAGGCAGCUAUCCAUGCUGGUCCUGCGUGGGCCAGCAAAAAAGCCAAGGGAAGAUUUAUAUACCAAAUCCCAUAUAAGGGGUCAGGCUGUGCCUUGGCCAAAGGCCUGGUGGAACAGCUCUGUCUUGCAGGCCCUGCGGAAAGAUGUCAAGUCCCGCAGGGCCCUAGUCUCUUGUGACAGAGCGUUCCACCAGAUGGGGCCACGGCCGAAAAAGCCCCGUCUCUGGUCGAGGCCAGCCUAACCUCCCUGUGGCCCGGGAUCUCCAAUAUGUUUUUAUUUGAAGACUGUAAGGUCCUCCAUGGGACAUACCAGGAGAGGCGAUCCCAUAGGUACGAGGGUCCUAGGCCGUGAAGGGCUUUAAAAGUUAAAACCAGCACCUUAAACUUAAUCCUGUACUCCACUGGGAGCCAGUGCAGCUGGAAAAGCACUGGGUGAAUGUGAUCCUGCAGCGAGGACCCCGUAAGGAGUCUCGCCGCAGCAUUCUUGACGCCUCCCUUUCCAUGGAGGCGGAGGUUAGAGCAACAGCCAAGGCGACAUUUUUCCACCUUCGCCGCAUCAAGCAGUUGGUCCCUUACCUUUGCCGCCCCAAACUGGCCACAGUGAUCCAUGUGAUGGUCACCUCCAGGCUUGACUACUGUAAUCCGCUCUAGGCGGGGCUGCCCUUGAAGGAGUACCCCUAAACAUUUUUUUAACAGAAAAAAGCACUUAUUGGAAGAGAAAACAAACUCCAGCGCUGUGGCUCUAGAUAUGAGCUCAUCAUAGAAUUGCAGAGUCAGAAGGGACCCCAGUGGUCAUCCAGUCCAACCCCAGGCGAUGCGGGAAUCUCAGCUUGAGAAACCGGGACAGAUCAGCUGCCCAGCCUUUGGGAGUCCUGCCUUGCAGGGGGUUGGACGAUGACCCCGGGGUGCCCUCUGGCUCUGCCAUUCCCUGACCCCUUCCCUGUGGGGUGGAGAUUGGCUGGCAGGCGGCUGGGAGGCCGAGGGGGCCAGAUCCCAGGGAUUGGGGUGGGGGUUCUAUCUGCCCUCCCCCCGUCCUGCCCUCCCCCCUGGCUGCUUCACUCCAGUGCACUGCCUCCGUUUUGGGUGGGGCAGGUGGGGGCAGGCGGCCCCCUUUCCUUUUUUUUAAAAAAAACUUUAUUGAAGAAAUUUUAACAUAAUCAAAGUUCAAAUUACAUUUUACAAUUUCAAUUAAGCCCGCCCCCAUGACUUCCCCCAACCUCCUUCCCUGGUUUAGAACAUAUUUACAGUGGUGCCUCGCAAGACGAAAUUAAUUCGUUCUGCGAGUUUUUUCGUCUUGCGAAGCACGGUUUCCAUUUUUUCAAAAAAAGCCUUCAAAAACCUCAAAAAAGGCUACCACACCGCGUGCUAUGAGUUGCUCCUUGAAGUCAAGUCGCAACUGUACCUCUUCAAGCAAUGCACCCUGUAUUACUGUAACGGUUUUAAGAAAAAGGAAACAAACUUGCAAGACGUUUUCGUCUUGCGAAGCAAGCCCAUAGGGAAAUUUGUCUUGCGAAGCAACUCAAAAAACCAAAAACUCUUUCGUCUUGCGAGUUUUUUUGUCUUGCGAGGCAUUCGUCUUGCGAGGUACCACUGUAUUUCUUCUGCUUAUACUUUGAUAUACCUUUUUAAAAAAAUCAUAUUUAUAUUUUCUAUUGUAAGUGUAUUACUCAAAUCCUGCAAGUGAUUUUUUUUCAAUGCAUCGUUUUUGCAUAUACAUCAUAAAAGGUUCUCAAUCUUUUUUGAAGUCAUUCUUGUCCUUCUCUUUGAGUCUCUCCCUUAACUUUGCCAUUUCCGCGUCUUCCAUAAACUUUUCUUACCAAUGUUCUUUCAAUGGUAUUUCAUCACUUUUCCGUCUUUGGGCUAAUAAGAUUCUAGCCGCUGUUGUUGCACACAUAAAUAAAUAAUUUCUUUUUUUUUUUUUUAAUCAUUUUUAUUAAUUUUCCAAUAAAAAACAGCCAAUCAUCAUAUCAUAAUCCAACUAAAACAAGAAAAUAAAAUAAAAAAAGACCAAAUUGUAAUCCAAAUUAUAAUUAUUAAUUUUUUGGGGCUCCCCAUAGUCUGGACCUCUGAAGCAUAUCUCCAAAUCUUCAGUCCUGCCUCUCCUUGUUGUUUUCAUAUUUUCCACAUCCCGAUUUUAAUGCAUUAAAGUUCUCUGUCGCUGGCUCUACAAUUCUCAAUCAUGUCAUAAAUCAUAUAUCCUUUCGUCCGUCGAAUACUGCUUUCUUUGUGUAUAUAUAUAUUUUUCCAACUGUCUGUUUGCCAGCGCAGCUUUCCUGACCCCAUUCCAAUCUUCUAAUCUGGCCUGUUGUCCAAACCUUUCUUUUGAAAUUUAAUGACACAGUACCUUCCACGUUGAAUAAAUAAAAUUUUCUUGUCUUUGGGUAUAUCUUACUCUAAUAUGCCUCGCAGAAAUGCCCCCCAGAGCUGACUCACCCCUCUCUCUCCGCAGACUCCUUCUGGCUGUGCAACUCGCUGGAGACGGACUCCGACCUCCCAGCCGGAUGGAUGCGGGUUCAAGACACGUCCGGGACCUAUUACUGGCACAUCCCGACCGGCACCACCCAGUGGGAGCCCCCCUCGGGGGGCGGGGGCAGCGACUCCCCGGGAAACACCCCCUCCAAGGAGAGGCAGGUGAGGAGGAGUCUGGAGCAGAAGACCAGCCGGGGCCGGACAGGGCUUGGAGGCGGCCCUCAGCUCUGGAAGGGAAGGGGGCCCUUUCCGUGUCCAGCUCUCCUUUGCCCACAAGAAAUGGUCGCUGUUUUUUGUGUUGAAUAUUUGCUCGAUGGCCAUUGCUGGACCUCACAGGGAUCUCAAGCCAUUUGCACAUCACAAAAGAUGUACCGUAUUUUUCGCUCUAUAAGACGCACCUUUCCCCUCCAAAAAAGUAAGGGGAAAUUUGUGUGCGUCUUAUGGAGCGAAUGCAGGCUCCAUGGCUUCAGCGAAAGCAACAGGAAGCCGCUGCGCUCCGGAGGCUUUGCGUUGCUUUCUCUGAAGCCUGGAGAGCGAGAGGGGUCGGUGCGCACUGACCCCUCUUGCUCUCCUGGCUUCGCUUCGCUGGGGAGGUGCUGUGCAGCUUUCCCCCUCUGCGCAGCGCCCCUUCAGCGAAGCAGGAGGAGAAAUGGAAGGGGCUCCGUUUCUCCUGCCGCUUCGCUGAAGGGGCGCUGCGCAGAGAGGAAGAGAAUUUUUUUUUCUUGUUCUCCCCCUCUAAAACUAGGUGCGUCUUAUGGUCAGGUGCGUCUUAUAGAGCGAAAAAUACAGUAUUUUAUCAAAGUAAUUGAUAUAGAAUUGAGCAAAGCGGUGCUAUUUGAGGGAGCAGGCGAGCAGGCGGGGCUCAUGACUUACAUCAGUGGUGUCCAAACCUUUUUCAAAGAGGGCCAGAUUAUUUGAUGAAGUGAAGGACCAUGAGUUGUUAAAGUUGAAGUUGUUGAGGUUUUUUUGAGGCUUUUAGCCCCAGGAAAUAAACUUCCACAGGGGCCGAAUUAGGCCCCUGAAACGGACUUUGGACAUGCCCGACUUACAUCCUAGGAGCCAUACAACACAAAACACAGUUGCUGCAUGUAGGUUUUAUUUUAUUGGUUUUUCAUCUUAUAUUUUGGACAUCCAGUUUUUUCUCCCUUUAAUCUUUUGGGGGCCCCCAAGAGUCAGUGGCGGAGGAAGGGGGGCAGUCCUCCCCGGGUGCCAUCUCUGAAGGGGUGACAAGAAGGCACCCCGAGGGGGACUCGCACCGCCGCCGCCGCAUGCGGAGGAUCCUCUGCUCAUGGCUGCACCCUCCACCACAGCCUGUAUGGCGCUUGAGCAUUGCUGUCGGCAAACCACCUGGCGGCGCAUGUGCAUACGCUGUAUGUACGGCGCAUGCGUGGUGCUGCACGAGUGCCUUACGGACAGCGGCAGGAUCCCUCUGCCACCGCCGCAAGCAGAGGAUCCCGCCACCGUCUGUACGGCACACACAUGCAUGACAUGUAGCAGUACGUGCAUGCGCCGUAUGUAGUGGUGCGCAUGCAUGUGCGCCGGGCGGUUUGCCCCAACAUCCUGCACUGGGGGCCGGUUCUCCUUCCUUCACCCCUGCCAAGAGAGUUUGGCCCUAAGCUAUUGCUUGUUUGGCUUAGACGUAAAUCCGUCCCUGAGCUCUUUCACAGGCUCAGUUUAAGCACUGCAGGUCUAGGGCAGCUUACAAUUUUAAUAAAUAUGAGAUAAAAUAAUAAAUAAAAAAUAAUUAUAAUUAUAAUUCCUAAGGGGUAUAGGAACUCUCUUGUGACACUUUUUCUUCUCAUAAAAUAUAUUUGUAUGAAAGAUUUAGUUUACAAAAAUACGCGCAUUGUCUCUUUUUCCACGUUGCGUUUUCUACGGAUCAGUUUGAUUUGUGGUGAGACGUUAGAGUUACGCCUUACGCCGCACUUUCCGUCAAUGGCCCUCCUUCUCGGGAGGCCUGCCAAUUCUGGGCUCGAGCCGUUUCUAAAACCCCUUUCAAUGUUACGUAUUUAUUUGUUAGAUUUGUACACCAGCCUUCAUUGUGAGGUCUCAGGGCAGCUGGCAGAAUAAAACACAGGACAAGAGGAACUAAAUAAGUAAAUCAAAAGAGCAGGACAAUAUGCCCACAGUCCCUGUGCAGCCCUGGGCUGUGUGGAUGGGGUUGGCUGGUGUGUUUUUUUUUUUGAGAAAAGCAAUUUCUCACCACAUAAACCAGAGGAAAAUCAAAAUCAAACGCCAAACAGAAGCUUUAAUUAAGAGAAAAUGCUUAAUGCUGGCCCUCCCCUGGCAGGAGACCCAAAGAGGGCAGCUCUGCGUGGCUGGUGUUUAAUUGAGCUUUUAAUAUUCUCUUGGGAGUGGGUGGGAAACCCAGACGGAUGGGUGGCCUAUAAAUAAGAAAGUUAUGAUUAUGUUGAUGGUAAAUUGAGGGGACUUUGGGGACUUCCUUUGUGCUGCACUUGCUCUGGGCUGCUUCUGUAAAAGCGGAGAUCUGCCAAAGGGACCCCCAAAGGUCCUCUAGUCUCACCCCAGCAAUGCAGGGAUGACAGCUGAAGCAGCCCUGACAGGCCAACACCCAAACUCUGCACCUCGCAGAGUCGUUCUCUCUUCUUCUUUUUAAAAGUUCCUUUUGUUCAUUUUCACUUUUACCAUUUGACAUCUGUUGAAACCAGGAACGGGGGGGGGGGGCAGUUAAAUGACUCCCCACCAAACCCCAACCACAGUCUCUAAAAAGUAGUCUAUAAAACUAUAAAACCUUUUUUAAAAAAUUAAUUUUUAUUAAGUUUUACAAUUAUAUAUUCGCCACAAUAAAUUUUGUGCCCACUUAAUCAAUACUCAUUUAACCUCUUCAUCCUUGGUUUCCCACUCUAGUAAUAAUUAUACAUCUUCUCCAACAAUUUAGUAUUAUCUCCUAUAAUUUCCCCUUGGAAUCUGGAUAAAAUAUAGCGAAAUCCUUUCUUUUUAUUUUCUUCAUUUAAUUGACAAUAUUGCAACCCAUCAUGUACAUAAUUGCUCAUCUCUUCAAGAUCCUUCAGCGUUAAUUUCCCCUCUGUUUCUGUUAACAGACCUCUAGAUGUCGCCAUUUUUCUUCCCUAUUUGUUUUUCUAAUUGAGGUUGCUUCUGUUGGAGACAACCGUCUUUUGUUCUAAUAAACCUUUGUGUUUUCCCCAUACUUUAAAAAGUGAUCUCCUAAUUAAAUGAUUAUGGAAUUCUUUAUGUACUGUAUUUUUCUGUGUAUAAGACGCUCCCUAUUUGGGGGGGCUCCAAAUUAAGAAAACACUGGCUCAGCACUACCCGUGUAUAAGACGAGCCCCAAUUUUAAACCUAAUUUUUUUGUAAAAAAAACCCCUAGACUUAUACACGGAAAAAUAUGGUACUUUCCCUUUAUUAUACCAUAGACACGCAUGCUAACCAAACCUAUUAUCACGUCCUUCCAGGUCUAACAUAUCUGUAUCUUAGAGUAAUUCUCAGCCCUCUCAAGGAUGUUUGAGAACUUCUUUGGGGGGGGAGCAAGUAAACUCACCUGCCAGUGGUGGGGCAGCCCCAUAGACCCCUCCCUUUGCUUGUGCUGAGCAAAGAGGGGCAGAGAGGGGCUGUUCUUCCUCACCUGACCCCCCCUGCACCUUUGCAGCUCACCUGGAUGGAGUUUGGGCAGGCUGAGCCCUCGGAGGAAGCCGCUGCCUUCUGGAAGGUGAGAGGCUGGAUGGGGGCCGAGGGGUGAGGGAGGGGUGGGGCUGACCUGGGGGCUCCUUUCUCACGGUGUCCCCUUUCCGCUGUGCUCUCGGCAGGACGUCCCGUCAGAAGAGGGGGUCCCAGAGCCCCAGGAGGACAAGAAGGGCACGCUUGGCUUGUGCUUGGGGUCCCCCAGCAACUGGUGAGUGGGGCGGGAAGGGGGGCCCCCCAGGAGGGAAGAUUCACUGUUUGCACGACCCACUAAGAAGGACGAUAAAGCGACACGAUUCAGAACAGGGACAAUUGAGUGCGCAUCUAUAUGCAGUGGGACCUUGGUUCUCAAACUUGAUCCGUUUCGGAAGUCCGUUCCAAAACCAAGAUGCGCUUUCCCAUAGAAAGUACAGUGGAACCUCGGGUUACGUACCUCUCUGGAAAUGUAACCUUCAGGUUACGAACGUGGCAAACCAGGAAGUACCGUAUUUUUUGCUCUAUAAGACGCACCAGACCACAAGACGCACCUAGUUUUUGGAGGAGGAAAACAAGAAAAAAACAUUCUGAAUCUCAGAAGCCAGAACAGCAAGAGGGAUCGCUGCGCAGUGAAAGCAGAAAUCCUUCUUGCUGUUCUGGCUUCUGGGAUAGCUGCGCAGCCUGCAUUCGCUCCAUAAGACGCAGACACAUUUCCCCUUACUUUUAGGAGGGAAAUGUGAGUCUUAUAGAGCAAAAAAUACGGUAUUUUUCCAGGUUUCGCUCCGCGCGAAUGCGCAGAAGCACUUUACAUGCCACACACAAGCGCAGAAGUGGCGCCUCUGGAUACAGAUUUUUCAGGGUGUGCAUAGACCCCCGGAACGAAUUAAAUUCGUAUCUAGAGGUACCUCUGUAAUGCAAAAUGAAUACUUUUAAAAACAAGCCCUAAAACAGCAAUUUAACAUGAUUUUUUUCUAUCUAACGAGAUAGAUAAAAUGAAAAAUGAAAGCAAUAAACAAUAUACCGCAGUCACACAAUCAGUCAAUCAGUAGCUGAACUGGGUUCCACACAGUCACAAAAACAAAGCAAAAAAGAGCCACGAAAAUGCAAAAUAAAUAGCAAAAACAGACAGACCUCAGCGUAACACUCAAAACGGAGCACGUUCGGCUUCUGAAAAAAGUUUGCAAACUGGAACACUUACUUCCGGGUUUGCAGUGUUUGGGUUCCAAGUUGUUUCAGUACCAAGGCCUUUGAGAACCAAGGGACCACUGUAGAAUCAAAUUUAAACGAUUCAGUUUAAUUAAGCCAAAUGGACGAACUUGACCCAGGGAUGCCGGCUUUUCAAAGACCGAGAGCCAUUUAUGUCUCCAGAGCCCCCCUUCCUCAGCUCCCCCCAAGUAAUCUUACCCCCACUUUCUGGACCCCUGGUCUAUGGGACGCAACUCCCAACGGGGACUGAGGCUCCUUCCUUGCAAAAUGGGGUGCAGUCGGGGGGUCUGGCCUGUGGCAAACUCCCCCCCGGCUGCUCUGGGCUCCGGCAGCUCCUUCUCCCCCCACUUUCCAAGGGACUUGGAGGUCCAGUUCAGGCAGCUGCUUUCCCUGUGUGUCUGGGCUCCAUUGCUCCCCGGUCAACGAAAGGCUCUCUGCACAUGCCCCAAGGAAGCCUGCCGUGUCCUCUGCCGCCUCUGGCGCCAACUGUGACCCUGACUUUGCCGCUUCCUUUCCCCAGGUCUUCCCUGGAAGAGGGGGGCGAGGAAGAGGAGCAGUUCCUGGGCGUCUCCCAGGGGUCCAAGGUAAGGUGGGCUUGCCGGGGGGGGGGGAUCCCAGCCAUGGGACGGGGAAGGGUCUGCUCUUGGCCUUAGGGCAUUUGGGGGUGGGAAGAGGAAAGGGGGCCCCUCUCUUCCUAUGGCACUAAGGGGGGGGGGGGACACCAGCUGCAGCAGGCCAACAUAAAACCAGACAAUUUCUUUAAAAAAUAGUUAUUAAGUUUCCAUUUUAUCACCUUUAAACAAAUCCUUAAUAUACUCAGGCUGUCUUACCCAUAGGCACUAGGGGUGCGGGGCACCCGGGCGCCCGGCUCUCAGGGGCGCCAGGCCGAGAGUCUGAGGCCGAGAUUUGGAGUCUGGGGAUUGGGAAGAGCCGACAGCUGCUGCCGAGUGGAGCAGAGUCCAUCGGAGCACCGCAGCUCUUCUGCUGUGGGCAAGCAAGGCACUGAGGCAGCCGGCUGGCUCCGUCCUCCUGUGUGCCUGGGAUUGGUGGGCUGUUGAAAGGCCCCCCACGAGGCGCCCGGCUUCGCUCAGUUGCUGCCACUUCCGCCUUGGGCUCGACUUUUGUUUUUGCACUGGGCUCUGCUUGCUGCCCCCCCAGGUGCCCGGCCCACCGCCACCACUGCCUCGGGCUCCUCUGUUGAUGGUGGUGAGGUGGCUGGCCAGGGCAGCUCUGCCGUGUCAACAACUUUGGGGUUCCCCCCUAAAAAAAGGUUAACAACUCUGGGCAACUUGGGGGAGGGUGUGGGCAGAUCUUUGCACCCCGGCGCCGCAUAUCCUUAAGAUAGCCCUGGUCUCAGGUUUGGGAGAAGUUGGGGCAAUGGGGGCACCUCUCGGGGGUCCUGGGGGCCAGUGCCAGAGCCCCCACAGGCCAGGGCUCCAACGCAGCUUCUGCCUGAGCCUCGGAAGCAGCUUCCGGUAGAAACUGGAAGUCGCCUUGUCUUCCUUCCAUGAAAGGAGGACAAGGUUGCAAGCAGAGAAGAAUGAAUCGUCCAGAUGAUGGACUCUACUCUGCCGAAAGGGCAAAAUGGGCAGGGAGAAUCAGAAACCAAGAAGAUAAGAGAUUUAUUAAGGAAUGGGGGAAAUUUAUAGAUUAUCUUAGGGAUCACUGUACUCAGUUAGCAGGAUUAAUAUAACACUUGUAAGGUAAUAAUUCUGGGGUUAUAAAUGGAAAUUUGAAGAAUAAUAUAAGAUGCAGUGUAUAAUGUAAUACUAUGGAAACAGGGCCGGAUUUUGGUUUGAUGUGGCUCUCAGCUCCGGAAGGGAAUGGGGCCCUUUCUAUGUCCAGCUGUCCUUUGUCAACAACAAAUUGCCGCUGUUUUUUGUGUUGAAUAUAUGCUAGAUGGUAAUUUAGGGACCUAAUAGGUAUCUCAAGCCAUUUGUGCAGAACAAAAUAUGUAUUUUAUCAAAGGAAUUGCUGAACAGAAAUACAAUUACGAAGAUGUAUAUUUUGGGGGGACCCCCAAGAGAGGGGGCCCCUAAACUAUAGCUUGUUUAGCUUAUACAUAAAUCAGGCACUGAUUGGAAAUCUUGGGGGGGGCAGAGGGAAGUCGAAGGAUUCAGAGAAUCCUGUUUAUGUAUAAAAUUAAUUAUAUUUGAGUGUGAAAGUUAUUUGUAAAAACUGAAGAGGAGAAACUGGAAGUCACGUCGGAGGUCUUGUCAGGCCGCCAAUGUGACCCCCAAGGGCUCCCCUGUCACCAGGGGAUGAUGUCACAAUGCCAUGACAUCAUGUUACCUCUUGGAUGUCACUGGGCUCCCAUAAUCUGGGGCCCAAGUUGCUGCCCUGGGCUGGGAGACUUCCCUGGGGGGGGCCCACCUGACCCAGCUUGCCUCUGUCCCCCCCAGUGCUUCUCGGUCCGCUCCCUGGGCUGGGUGGAGAUGUCCGAGGAGGAGCUGACCCUGGGCAGGAGUAGCGUGGCCGUCAACAACUGCAUCCGGCAGCUGGCGGGGCAGAACCCGGACCUGGGGGGCUCCUGGGAGGAGGUGAGUCCUGCUGAGGGGGGGGAGAUCCCUAGGGCUGCAAAUGUGGGCGGGGGCAGCCUUCACCGGGCGGAGGAGAAGAGGGGUGGUUUGGAUGAGUCUUGGGUGCCCCCUCCUCUGCCCACAAUGCCUGUACGGCUGCAGGGGGGGUUCCUGUUGGGGAAGGGGCCUCUGUGCAGCUGUGACCCCCCUCCCCCCUCCCCGCAGGGCAAGGCGAUGCUCCUGGUCUUGGAGAAUGAGACCCUGAAGCUGCUGGACCCUGAGGAGCAGCUGGUCCUGCACAGCCAGCCAGUCGUCACCAUCCGCGUCUGGGGGGUCGGGAGGGACAGCGGAAGGUAGGGGGGCCCCCUGUGGGGAGGGGGCUGGGGGCUGGGAGGGGUCCCCUUUCCUCUGGCCCCCAAGUUGGCCGGCCAGCUGCUUGGGCAUGGGAUCCUAGAAGGGGGCCCUGAGGGUCCUAUAGCCCACCCCACUGCAAGGGAGGGAGGGGAAGGGGGUGGGGCUGCCCCACUGCCUCCAGAGUCUGCCCCCCCACCUACCUAACUCUGACUGCUCUCUUCUCUUUCGCACUCGCUCCCCUUGGGGAUCCAGGGAGAGGUAGGUAGCUCUGCCCAGAAAACACCCCUUCCUUUCAGUUCUUCGUGAGCACCCCUCUUCUCACCCCCACCCCAAAAAACAUUGCAUUGUGAACAGUUGAAAGUGGCAGCCCCCCUUGACCCCUGCCUGCUCAUCUUUGAAAGGGAUCCUUUUUUAUGGGGGUGGGGGGAGCACCCUGCUUUGCCAGGGGGUGGGGGCAACCUCAUUGGGAAAGGCAGAGGGCCCCCCCCUGUGCUGCCAUCUUUACCCCCAAGAGGCGCCACAAGAACAGGGCCUUCUCUGUGGUGCCCCCUUGCAGAAUACUCUCCCCAGAGAGGCUCGCCAGGGGGAAACUUCCCUCCAUGCCCAUUCAUGAGUGUGCUUUCGGGGGGGGGCAUUCUAAUUUUUAACUGGUUGUGUUUCGUAAUGUCAAGGGACUUUGAGACUCUUUUGGCGCAAAGCGAAUGAGAGACGUGAUAAAUAAGAACCCCCCCACUGUGUGUGUGUGUGUCCCCCCCCAGGGAUUUUGCUUACGUGGCCCGGGACCAGCUGGCCCAGAUGCUGAAGUGCCAUGUCUUCCGCUGCGACUCCCCAGCCAAGGACAUUGCCACCGGACUCCACGAGAUCUGCUCCAAGGUGACGCCUGAACCCCCCCAUGAUACCCACCCCCUUUAGCUCCAGAGCAAGAGCCCCCCCCCGGACAGGGCUUAGGAAGCAGCCCAGGAUUCAUGGCAGGGGGGCUGUAUGGUGAUGGAUCCCUGCUCAUGGGACCCCACCCCCGAGGAAGGGCAUGUGGGUCGGGGGGGGGGGCGGAGGAAUCACCCUUGCCCCCCCCCCCAGAGCUCCUGCAGGAAAAGCCCAGGACCUGGCAGAACUUAGCGCUCCGAGGCUCCGCUUCCUCCUUUAAAAUGCAAAAAGCAGGUUUCUAGACCUCAUUGCCAAGCAAGCCAGGUGGCCGGGGGGUGGGGGUGGGCUUCAGCUCUGUGCCCCCGAAGGGGUUUUCUGCUGCUCUUCCUUCAUGCAGCGCUGGGGGGGGGAAUCUGCGUUCAGGUCCCCCCUGCUGACCCUCCUUUUGCUCUGCGAUUCCUGCAUUGUUGCGGGUUGGGCUAGAUGACCCACGGGACCCCUUUGAACCCUGCAAUUGUUCUGCCAUUCUAGAUCAUGACGGAGCGGCGGAACGCCCGGCCCCCCCUGAACGGGCUGUCCCUCGACCACUCCAAGAUGGUGGACAUCCCCUUCCAAGGUAGCUUUGGGGAUGGGGGGGGGACAGGCCAGGGGGAGUAUUCUGGCCACCGUUUUCAUUUUAUAAUAUAUAAAGAACAGAGAACAGUUAUAACAGCAGAUGAACAUUAAAAGACGAAAAAGUUCAAAAUAGACACGCCAAAUGGGUCCGGUUGCAUUUGGGUGAAAAUAGCAGAGUCCUGCUAAAGAAUAUCAGUCUUCUCUGAUUUACCACGUCUGGUUCCGGGUUCCCCAGGCUUGGGAAAAAGGGUUGCCUUGGAAACACACUGUAUUUUUCCGUGUAUAAGACUAUAUCCCCCCCCCCUAAUUUUUUAAGUUUGAAAUUGGAGGUCGUCUUAUACAUGGAAUGUUGCAAUUAUUUAUUUCUAAAUUUUGGGGUCAAAAAAUAGGGGUCGUCUUAUACAUGGGGACGUCUUAUACAUGGGAAAAUACGGUAUAUGUCACGAAGGAAUCCUAUAAAAAGUACCUGGAGGUUCUAGUCCUCACUGAAGCGUCAAAUUUUCUCCAGGACAGCUCUUUUGCAGAGUGAGCAAUGGUCCGAUUUGGGGCUGGUUCCUUUUGGGAUACAAGUCAGGGUGGCGGCCAUAUUCCGAAGAGCAAAAAAGAGACACUUUUGUAGGUGGGGGAGAAAAGAAAAAUAGUAUUGAUUGUGUGUGCGUGCGGUAAAAGAUAACAAGUGUAUUGAAAUAUUUAGAAAUGGUUAUUAAAAACGAAAAUGACAUACCCUCCAACAUUUUGUGAGAUCAAUUCAGGGCACCCCCUCCCCCGCAAUCCUGUGUCUCUGUCGCUCCCCCCUCCUUCCCUUGGCUGCCUGCGGCCUCCUUGCUCACGAGACGCUGGAUCCCCAGACAAGGCCAGGCUGAGCAGCCCCAGGAAGGAGAAAGGCGACCAAAAAUGAAAAUAAAGGCCAUGAUAGUUUGCAAAAUUUUAAAAAAUCCACCCGGAUGGUGAUUUUUACCUUUGACAAAGAGGAAAUGCCCAGGAAAAUAGGGAUGUUUGGCAACCCUAUUCCAAGUCUGUGCUGCCAGGAUGAGGCCAAUGCCUUGGACACCUGUGUUGGCAUCCCCAGAAAGAUCCAGCAGGCUUAAUUUGGAAGAACAAGCCCUGGUUCUGCUUCCGCCAAAAUUAAAUCCCAAAAUCUCGCACAGACAAACCUUCCACCCUAAAAGGAACCCCGAGUCUCCCCUGCAGUUGAUGUCAAAUGGAUUUGCCCAGGACGCCUUUGGGGGGUCAAGGAGCUGUGCCCCCCCAGCCAAAUUGGCACCUGUUGGGCAGAGGGGACCCUGGGGGGGGUCCUUGCCCAGCCCCCAUUUGCGCCCACCAGAGGCGGCUUGUGCCCCAGGCUCACUUCCAGGCACGCCUUCUGCCCCCCAGUGCCCCAGAUGUGUGUUUUUUCGCUUCUCACGGCCGUUUCCGCUCUCCUCCCCCCAGUUGAGUUUCCAGCCCCCAAAAGCGAAUCUGUGCAGCGGUUCCAGGUCUUCUACUUGGGGAGCGUCGUCGUGGCCAAGCCUGUGGGUAAGGAGGGGGGGCAGGGGAGCCAGUCUCAUGGGGCUGGCCAGGACCAGGGAGAGACCCGGGUUCGAAUCGUUGACCGGGAAUCUCACCGGGCGGGACCUCGAGGGCCGGGCAUGCUCAGCCUAGCGGACCUUGCAGGGGGGCUGUGAGCACAAAAUGGGGAGAAGCUUGCAGGUUCGAUCCCCAUUUGGGACAAGGGGUUAUUCCUCUGGGAGCUGGGGGGGGCUGGUGGGAAAUCCUUUUCGGUGCCCCCCCCAGUGGAUGCUGCUGUGUAGCCCUUGCCUGCCCCGCCUGGGGGGCUCUGGGCCUGCUUGCCAACCUCCCUGCCUCCCCCCCCAGGCAUGGACGUCCUCAAUGCCGCCCUGGACGUGGCGCUGGCAGAGGGGGCCAGAGAGCAGUGGACCCCUGCCCAGGUCAGCGUGGCCCCUGCCACCCUCACCCUCACCCACCAGCAGGUGAGUGCCCCCUGGUCCCCGGGGGGAGGGCAGGGAGGAGGGGGAGGAUGACGGCAAGGCCUGACCCCCCCCCCCGCUUUUCUCCCCAGACGGAGGGGGUGCUGUGCGAGUGCAGAGUGCGGUUCCUGUCCUUCAUGGGCAUCGGGCGGGACGUCCGCACCUUCGCCUUCAUCAUGGCUGCCGCCCCGGGAAACUUCCGCUGCCACAUGGUCUGGUGCGAGCCCAACGCUGCCGGCCUAAGCGAGGCCGUCCAGGCUGCCUGCAUGGUAGGUGCCCCCCCCCCACAUCUGCCUUGCACCCCCCCCAUAGCUCCAUAUCACGUCUGGCAGCAGCUGGCAUCGUCCACGGCUUGUGGGAAUGUUGUGGGUGGCAGGACAGGAGAUAUUGAUUAAUAUUACCCUGCCCAACUCGCUCUAAGCAGAGUGUAUUCCGUAUUUCACAGCAAGAAGCUAGUUGCAGAUUUGUUAGAACAGGGGUCAGUAAACUUUUUCAGCUGGGGGCCGGUCCACUGUACCUCAGACCUGGUGGGGGGCCAGACUAUAUUUUGAAGACAAAAAAUGAAUGAAUUCCUAUGCCCCACAAAUAACCCAGAGAUGCAUUUUAAAUAAAAGCACACAUUCCACUCAUGUAAAAACACGCUGAUUCCCGGACUGUCCACGGGCCAGAUUUAGAAGGCGAUUGGGCCGGAUCCGGCCCCCGGGCCUUAGUUUGCCUACCCAUGCGUUAGAAUCUCUUUAAGUUCUAUUAUUCCUGGCAACAUCCCUUUGAUCCCCUCCUAAAAGAAUAAAGGCACCCCAGUCUGGUUCAUAAGUAACAAAAAGAAGUUGACUCACGGUCAGGCAGAGCAGAAUGUGAUCCCUGAAGGCAGGCUUAAGACUUAAUAAAUAGAAAUAGGUUUACCCCAUAUGGGAGACAACCCAGGGGCGACUGGCUGAGAGCAGGAAGCAGAACAAGGACCAAAAAUAAGGGAGGGGGCUUUUGGCCUUGGACCAGGUCUGGAAAGGUCAUCACCACCUUCCUUAGGCAUGUCCAAAGUCCGCUUCGGGGGCCUAAUCCGGCCUGCCAGUCAAUUUAAUCCAGCCUCCGUGGCAGUAUAUUUCCUGGGGUAAAAUCCUAAAGAAAGCUCAACAACUAACAACUUUGGGGUAAACUUCAAUCCUCAACAACUUUGGUCGGCCCUCACACCUGUUCACUUCAUGAAAUCUGGCCCUCUUUGAAAAAAGGUUGGGUACCCCAGACCCACCUGGUCACACGCAAAGAAGGAUGCUCCCGCCAGGUGUGACAGGAAGUUUGCCUGGCUGGACCAACGUCCCCUGCAUGUCCCCUCUAGCAAAACAAGGAAUGUUGUACUUGACUGCUCCAGUGCAUUACAUCCCACAAGUGACCCUCUGGCCGCAUUUUUGCCAUGCGCCCUGUGGGGGGCAGGAGGUCCUGGGCGGGCAGGGACUGGGGGGGAGGGGGGGCUCGGCUGCCGCCACCUUCACUGCCCCUUCGGAUCCUGGAAGUGCUGAGUUGGAGGGCCCCCCAGGGGUCACCCAGCCCACCCCCUCGCCGUUGGACUGCCACCCGCUUCCUCUCUUGCAGCUGCGCUACCAGAAGUGCUUGGACGCCCGGCCCCAGACCACCAGCUCCUGCCUGCCGGCCCCCCCGGCCGACUCCGUGGCGCGCCGCGUGGGCUCCACCGUCCGGAAGGGGGUGCAGAGCUUGCUGGGGAGCCUCAAGCCCAAGCGCCAGGGGGCCCAGACGCCGUGAGCGCCCCCUUGCCAGGCCCGCUGCGGGGGCCAGCAGGAGGGUCCGCACGGGGGCCCUUGUCGGAUGAGGUCGGCCCCCCCAUCAGCCCGGCAGCUCUUGUCCCCCCAGACCCCCCUUGGGGAGAGCGAGUGUGCGAGGUGCGUAUUUAUGAGGCGCGAGUGCGAGUGUGAGAGAGGAACGCUGUGGCUCCCUGACGUGAGCUGCUGGGGGAGCGAGGGGGUCACAUAUCUAGGGUGCCUCUCCCGGGGGGGCAGCUGCGGCCUCAUCCCCCCCCCAAGUCGGGGCACCUGAUCUUAAGCUGCUGCUUUUAAUAGGAUAUGAAAGUGGAGGCUGGGGGUUAUUUGGGGGUCCCUGCCCUAGUGGGGGGCACUUGCACCAUUGCUGUGUCUCCCCAGGGGUGGCCCCAGCGGAUGGAGGCCCUCAUGGGGGGGGGGAGUGGAGGCCCCGGCCGUCUCUGCUAUAAGAAGAGAUCUCUGUGUUGUACUAAAACUUAAUAAACUUGGUUCCCCUGAUGUGGCUCCUUCUUGUGAGGGG